AUGCAGACCGGUACUAUUGCCGACUGCGCCUCAACACUGAGUGCUCUAAUGGCGCCCGCAGACUUCUCAGCGUCUCUGGGCAAUUCUGAUAACUCUGAUAAUUCGGAUAACUCUGAUGAUCAUGUAGACGUCUCCUCGUUUACCACAACUUCUGAAAGCUCACCUCCAUACAGUACUUCUGAUCAUCACAGUCCCACAGAUCAGCGUACUGAUUCACCCUCAUCAGAUCAUGGACAGGCGUCUUUCUCGCCUGAAAAUGUUGCAACAAGUUUUGAUAGCAGUGAUCGAGAUGCUUCUCCUGAUAACUUGUCAAUGUCUUCAGCGAAUAUUAAUGAUCUUCAGGAGAAGAGUCUCAAUGUAGAUGAUGAUUUACAAAAACUCCUUCGGUUUCAUCAAGAAUCGUUCAUUGAAAACAACCAAAACACAAUAAAUAUGAUGUCAGCAUUCAAUCAAAACUUCUUGAAACAAACUCUUGCAAACUUCAACAAUGUGGCUCCUCAGCUGCCAGUCAAUCUAACAACGGGAAUUCAAAUGCCCGCUAGUCCGUGUACAACCACAGCCACUGCUCCAAGUGUGGAGAACACACCUACAAAACGAAAACGGCAAAGGAGAAACCCAGUAUGGCCGUAUUUCGAUGUAGUCGAUGGAACAGCGAGAUGCAAACAAUGUCUGUAUAGUACAAAAAGUGUAUUCAGCACGAAUCUUAAAGUUCAUUUGAGAUCACAUCACAGGCCAGACUACGAGAAGGUGAUUAUGGCGGAAGAUGCAUUGAACUUAAAUGCCCUUUUGCUCAGUGGAAACACUUCAAAACUGUUCAACGUAGAUGCCAACAGAAAGAGGAUGCCUCCGAUGACAUCUAGUAUUCUGAUGACUAUUAAUAAAUUGGCCAAUCAGCAACAAAAUGGUGAGGAAAACCCACUGAAUGCAGUUCUUCGACAGACACUUGCCAAUAACGGUCUUCAACAACACUUCCAAAGUAUCCAAGGUCAAUUUCAAGCUGCUCAAGCUGCACUCCAGAAGCAACAGCAGGAGCAACAACAGAAACAACUUCUACAGCAACAACAAGCUCAACAGGCAGCUCAACAAGCAGCCCAACAGCAACCUCAAUUUGCACUGAAUGCUGCUAACUUGGCAGCUCUUAAUCAACUCGCUGCUAGAAAUCAGAUUCAACCAACACCACCACCGGUAGCACAAGAUCAUAUCAUCAACACUCUGAACUUCCCUGCUCAUAUUAAGCAAGAGAUUCUAAAUGCUCCACAUGGAACUGAUGCUAAUGGAGUACCUCAACCAAAACGAAGACGACUUCGUCGUCAUCCAGUCUGGGUGUACUUUAAGGAUCUUGAAGAUAGAAUGGUUGGAUGUACAAACUGCGAGUUCCGAACUGGAUCUGCAUUCUCCACAAACUUGAAAAUGCAUCUGAAGGCUCAUCAUAAAGAAGACUACGAAAAGGUUCUUCAACUAGAAGAGGAGAUGAGAGUUGAAGAAGGAUGUUUUGGACCAAACAAGUUUAAAACUGACCUCAUCGACUAUAUCAGAGGAGGUGGAAAUGUUUCAACUCCUUCAGCUCCUAGCUCAGCAGGAGCCACCUAUGCCUCUUCUAAUCCUAAGGCUUCUCCUUUGGUCCAGCAGAUCAUCAACCAGUCGAUAGCCAGGUCACAGUCUCCAACUAUUUCUUCAAAUGGAGAGAUCAAAAUCAAGAAGGAAGUAGAUGACGAGAUGUUCAGUGGUCUCUCAUCAACUGACAAACUUGCUGCUCUUGUGGGAAUUGCUGGUCAAAGAGAGGAAGUUAAAAAUGAGGAUGUUAUGGCAAACUUUGAAGAACUCCGUCAACGUCUUCUCGGUAACAGUUCACUGAACGGCUUGUUGGGACAACAAUCCAAUCAAACCAUCGCCGUGGAUCUUAAUGGAAGUAUCAUUGCGUCAGAAACAAAGUCUCCGUGCUCCUCGAAUGAGGAUGAUCGGAAGCAGGAGAGAGAUAAGGCUCUUGCCAGAUUGUGGGCUGACAACGAAACCCUGCUGACGAACAGUCAUUUCCUCGAUUUCGUACACUGCCUUGCUCCAGAGUACGAGAUUCCAGAUGCUGAAAUUCUGGCAUCAACACUUACUGAACCAAUUCAAGACUAG